GUGUCGAUUUCCAAAACAGGAGAAGAAAGAAGAAACUGUCGUUCGGGAAGUCAUGAUGAAGAAAAGCCGCAGUGUUCAAGGAGUCACUUCGGGAGACGACAGGAAGGAUCCUCCUGGGUGGCAAUACCCCUCGGGCAACACUCUCGGAGUAGAGUUGUGCAAAGUCCAUCGGCGCUUUUCUGGCAACCUGCAGCUGCCGCCGUUGUCAUGGCGACAGGCGGAGAAGGAGCGGGAGCGAGGAAGUUUGGUAUCCCCGGUGGAAGACCCAGUGACUCACGCCAGGCCGACUAGUCUACCAAUCGCUUCUCUGCCCCGGAUUGACAUUACAAAGGCUGACCCCAACAGCUUGGAGGGAGAGAAUGGCCCAUCAUUGUGCUGCAGUCCCUCAGACCCUCAAGCCUCCCCGAAUUCGGGACUGGUUCUUCAUCCCAACCUGGCGAGCCACGGCCAGCGUCGAGAGUCCUUCCUCUACCGCUCUGACAGCGACUACGAAUUGUCCCCUAAGUCCCUUUCUCGAAACUCUUGCAUCGUUGGAGAACUCCACGGAGAGGACUUGAUAGUGACCCCCUUUGCCCAGGUUCUGGCAAGCCUUCGAACGGUCAGGAAUAACUUCACCACAUUGACAAAUGCGCAGUGUGCAUUCAAUAAGAGGUCCCCUGCUGCAAAUCAGUCUCCGGUGGCAAAAGUCUGUCUGUCAGAUGAGUCUUACCAGAAGCUCACUCUGGAAACCAUGGAGGAGCUCGACUGGUGUCUGGACCAGUUGGAGACCAUCCAGACCUACCGCUCUGUCAGCGACAUGGCAUCCAACAAGUUCAAAAGGAUGCUGAAUCGGGAGCUGAGCCACCUGUCUGAGAUGAGUCGCUCCGGCAACCAAGUAUCAGAAUACAUCUCCAAUACCUUCCUAGACAAACAGAAUGAGCUGGAGCUCCCGUGUCCCGUUCCCAAGUCUCGAGAAAGAAAGCGGCGGCAAGGCCAGCAGCCACAGCAGCAGCAAGGUGGGGUGAUGACUCAGAUUGGCGGGGUGAGGAAGGGCAGCUACACACCCUGUUUCUCUGGAGGCACCAACAAUCGCUUCGGGGUCAAGACGGAUCAGGAAGAACUCUUGUCGAAGGACCUGGAGGGCAUCAACAAAUGGGGACUGAAUAUCUUCAGGGUGGCAGAGCACUCUCACAACCGGCCCCUCACAUGCAUCAUGUACGCCAUCUUUCAGGAGCGAGACCUGAUGAGGACGUUCAAGAUUCCAACGGAUACGUUUGUGACGUUCAUGCUCACCCUGGAGAGCCACUACCACUCUGACGUGGCUUACCACAACAGUCUGCAUGCCGCCGACGUCGCCCAGUCCACUCACAUCCUGUUGUCCACGCCGGCGUUGGAUGCUGUAUUCACUGAUCUGGAGGUGCUGGCAGCUAUUUUUGCAGCUGCCAUUCAUGACGUCGAUCACCCGGGAGUGUCCAAUCAGUUCCUAAUCAACACCAACUCCGAACUGGCUCUGAUGUACAACGAUGAGUCAGUGCUGGAGAACCACCACCUGGCUGUGGGCUUUAAACUGCUUCAGCAAGACAACUGCGACAUCUUCCAAAACCUCAGCAAGAAGCAGAGGCAGACGCUCAGGAGGAUGGUCAUAGACAUGGUUUUGGCGACGGACAUGUCGAAACACAUGAGCCUGCUGGCAGCCCUGAAAACGAUGGUGGAGACCAAGAAGGUGACGAGCUCGGGGGUCCUUCUGUUGGACAACUACACGGACAGGAUGCAGGUUCUUCGCAACAUGGUCCACUGUGCCGAUCUGAGCAAUCCCACCAAGCCUCUGGAUCUGUACCGGCAGUGGACCGACAGGAUCAUGGACGAGUUCUUCCACCAGGGAGAUCGAGAGCGGGAGCGGGGGAUGGAGAUCAGCCCCAUGUGUGACAAACACACAGCGUCAGUGGAGAGGACGCAGGUGGGCUUCAUUGACUACAUCGUGCAUCCUCUGUGGGAGACGUGGGCCGACCUGGUCCACCCGGAUGCUCAGGACAUCCUGGAUAUGCUGGAGGACAAUCGCAACUGGUACCAGAGCAUGAUCCCCCAGAGUCCCUCUCCUCCCUUCUACUCCGGCGAAGGCGACGGGGGACCGCACGGGCAGGUGGAGGGCCUUCCCGUUGCCAGCAAAUUUCAGUUUGAGCUGACGCUGGACGAGCAGGAACGCGAAAGCGCCGAAAUGGAGACCCUCCAAGUUCUUCCUUCCGAUCAGGACGGGGUCGGCACGGCGACGCACGACGUCUCCCCGGCCGAGACAUAGCCGGACCGAGCGCUUGGUUGGAAGAGUGCAGCACCUCUUGGGAGAUCAUGUUGAAUUGCAGUGGAGAAAUCCUGCAACGUUGGCUCUUUGGAGCUUCCUGGCUGUGAGGGCCUCGCUGAAUGUGUGGCGCUCCUGCUGAGGAGCCUCGGAAACCCCGCGGCGGUUUGUUUUUGAAUCCGGGGGAUGCAAGGUGGGGGGGCUUCUGUUGGAACUGGAGAAGCUUGGCAAAUGCGCUGGCUGUCACAGAAAAAAAGUCCCCUUACGAGUGGACAAUCUUCAGUUGUGUACACGGACCGUUGGAAAAUUCCCAACUUGCACUUCAGAACAUUUGUUGAAUUCAUUUACAAACACGGCGUCACGUUGUGUUUGGAUUAAGUGGCCAACCAAGUUAUUUGGAACCUAGCCGUUUUUUUUUCUUUCUCUCUAACAUGUCUUAAAAAUGUGUGCUUUUUUUUUUUUACAACCCUAUCCUUUUGUAAAUAUUUUUUCUAAUUUAUUGAACACAUUCAUGUAGCCGUAAGACAUGUACCAUUUUCUACGGAGGGGACAUGUUUGUCUCACACAGUCUUCCUAAUGCUCUGGCAAUAGCGUGAACUCCUUCUCAAUGAAGCUUUCCGUGGCUGCGUCUCGAAAUCAAAAUCACUUGGACUUCCCAGCACACUUUGUGGCCCAAAGUGACGAAGGUAACGGUCAGGUCAACAUGUGAAACCCGAAUCAUGUGUACCGUAUGUGUGUUUUUCC